AUGUCGGCCAAGCAGGCGUCGGACAAGCCGUGGGACACGGACGACGUGGACAAAUGGAAGGCUGAGCAGUUCACGGCCAAGGACAACCUCGGCGGCGUCCUCACCGAGGAGUCCUCCUUUGCGACGCUAUUCCCCAAGUACCGUGAAGUCUACCUCAAGGAGGCGUGGCCGCUCGUCACCAAGGCUCUCGAGAAGCGCGGCAUCGCCUGCACGCUCGAUUUGGUCCAAGGCUCCAUGACGGUCAAGACGACGCGAAAGACGUACGAUCCCGCCGCCAUUCUCGACGCCCGCGACCUCAUCAAGCUUCUCGCCCGAAGCGUGCCUGCGCCGCAAGCCGUCAAGAUCCUCGACGACGGGGUGGCGUGCGACGUCGUCAAGAUCCGCAACCUCGUCGGCAGCAAGGAGAGAUUCGUCAAGCGGCGGCAAAGAAUCCUCGGCCCCAACGGCUCGACGCUCAAGGCUCUCGAGCUGAUGACGGAGACGUACAUCCUCGUGCACGGAAACACCGUCUCCGCCAUGGGACCCUACAAGGGUCUGAAGGAGGUCCGCCGCGUCGUCGAGGACUGCAUGGCCAACAUCCACCCCAUUUACCACAUCAAGGAGAUGAUGAUCAAGCGCGAGCUGGCCAAGGACCCCGACCUGGCCAAGGAGAGCUGGGAUCGCUUCCUUCCCAACUUCAGGAGGAAGACGCUGAGCAAGCGGCGGGUACCGCACAAGGUGGCGGACAAGAGCAAGAAGGUCUACACGCCCUUCCCGCCGGCGCCGGAGAAGAGCAAGGUGGACAAGCAGAUCGAGUCGGGCGAGUACUUCCUCGGCAAGCAGGCCAAGGAAAGGGCAGCCCAGGACGAGCGCAGGGAGAAGCAAAAGGAGCGCAAGGACGAGAAGAAAAAGGAGCGCGAGGCGGAAUUCGUGCCGCCCGAGGAGGGCCGGCCCAAGAAGAAGCGCAAGAAGACGUCGGAGGAGUAG